UCGGAGAGGAAGAAAAAAUUGUGCUGAGCCGGGCGAUACCUAAACAGAGAAAAUGCCAAUAAUUAAACCACAUCAUGUGGUUUCUUUCAGCAAUGCUGAAACGGACUGAAGUUUGCGGCAUAAUCAUGUUAUUCGCUCUGGACAAAUAACAUCCUGAAGUUUGCAUCUAACGUGUGAGGAUGGAGCCCUUAAGACAUUUGAUCCGCCAAUUCAAUAAACGCUGGAAAUAUCAUGCCAGUAUGAUACGAGACAUGGUACAAUCAAUGGCAAUCACGCAAGGAGUGAUUAUAUAUGAAUUGAUUAAUAAGAUUUACAUGCUAAAAUUAUGAAUUUUAUGUAACAUCGGAACAAUGUGAACUGGAAAAUGGAGAAAUACAUGACCAUGUGCUUAUAUUCAAAUUGACGUCAUUUGGACCAAAAUUUUCGAGUUCCAUAAAAUCAUCCUGCAGAGAAUUUGUUAAAACCAGAGGGAACAUUUAAGUGGAAAGUCCCAGGAGGAAAACCUGCAACAGCUCUGCUUCAAUUUGAAAAAGCAACAGAAAUACAGUCCAUUGAUAUUGGCAAUGAAGGAUCUGCAUUUGUUGAGGUUUUGGUUGGAAAAUCAACAUCAAACUCAGACAAAGAUUAUGAGGUUCUGCUUGUGGCAUCAUCUUUCAUGACUCCAGGAGAGAGCAGAAAUGGAACGAACAGGAACAGUGUGAGAAUGUUUGGGCCAGAAAAGCUCUCUAAAGCAGUUGCAGUCCAGAAAUGGGACCGUGUAAAACUGGUGUGCACCCAGCCCUUCAACAAGACUGACAGCUAUGGAUUAUCCUUUAUCACAUUCCAUUCUCCACAAGGAUCUAAUGAACAGAAAGGGGAUGGUAUGAAAAAGAUUGGAGCAUUCACUCUUAAACCCGAAAGUGGAGAUUCAAUAAGCUCGGGGUCCAUAUUUGAAAAGAAGAAAAUGGAGCCAACUCCUCUCACAGGGGCAGCGGCUGUUCGGGCGGCCUCUAAACUAGCAGAAGAGUCCAGAGGGACUCCAUCAAAGUCCACAGAGAGUAAACCAGUGCAGAAAAAACCCACACCUUCUGAGAAGCCUAGUACUAGCAAUGCUGGAUCAAAGAGAAAACAUGCAAUGAGUGAUGAUGAAGACGGAGCCUCUCCCCCCAAACCGUCCCUGAAGAAACAGUCGACCAGUAUCAGCUCGACAGCGUCCUCUGCGAGGGGCAGUGUCAAACCUCCAGUGAAAAGGACCAAAUCGGAUGUGUCAGGGCUGUCGAAACCUUUCCACAAGCUGGUGGAGGGGGUGGUGUUUGUUCUCAGUGGGUUCCAGAACCCAUUCAGAGCGGAAUUGAGGGACAUGGCUACUGAGAUGGGGGCCGUGUACAAACCCGAUUGGAAAAAGGGAUGCACCCAUCUCAUAUGUGCUUUCCAAAAUACACCUAAAUACAAUCAAGUGAAAGGGAAAGGGAAAAUUGUGAAGAAGGAGUGGAUCCAACACAUGUACAAACAAAAGAAAGCCCUGCCCUGGAGGAAAUACAGACUUGGAGAUGCUGAUACACCAGAUGUGACAAGUGAAGAGGAAUCAGAAAAUGAAGGUUUUUCACCAGUUAAGAAAGAACCAGUCAAGAAAUCCAAACCAAAAGAAACCAAGACCUCUAUGGAAAAACCUGCAUCAAAAGGUAAACCAAAGAAGGGUGUGGACUUUGAAGGAGACACAGAGUCCGAGGAAGAGAAGGCCCCGGUGGAUUAUGGAGGUGACACGGACUCGGAAGGGGAUACUGAAGAUGAACUGGAGAAAAUGAAGGUUAAACUGGCAUCAGAAUCAAAGCAGAGUGAUCCAUAUAGCGAUUCAACAGACGAAGAUGAACCUUCCAAGAAAUCAAGCAACUCUCAGCCCUCCACAUCUCACCAAUCAAAGGCCAACACCACAGCAGACGACAGUGAUGAUUCUGGCCUGCCAGAGCUACCAGAAUACUUUACUGAUAAGCAUUUCUUCUUAUAUGGAGAUUAUCCCACCGGCGAGAGAAGACUGAUGACCCGAUACAUCACAGCUUAUGAUGGGGAGAUAGAAGAGUAUAUGAAUGAUAAAGUCCACUACGUCAUCACCAACUCUGAAUGGGAUAAAAAUUUUGAUGAUGCCCUUUCUGAUUAUCCAAAACUAGUAUUUGUCAAACCAAAGUGGAUACAAAUGUGCCAUGAAAAGGAGAAACUGCUGCCUUAUCAACAUUACAUAAUUAUUCCAAAGGAUGACUGAUAAAAUCUUACAGUUACAUGUAAAUUAUUACAUUGAAAGUGUAUUAAAUAUAGAACUAAUUAGUGAAGAUUGCUCUGCACUUACCUUGUGAACAACUAUGCAUCACAGAAUCAAAUAUAAACAUUUAGAUUUUAGAAUGUUGGUGUCAGAUAUUCAAUACUUUGUAAGCAAUUGUUGUGAUAUUCAAUACAAAGGCAUAGCAGACAGAAAUUCCUACAGAUUUAUGGCAGCAGGGAACAGAUUUCAUCUCAUUUUAAUUUUGAUCCAAAUCUUCUUUGUAUAUUCAGCUAUUUUAUUUUCUAUAUUAAUAAAAUUGUAGAAGUACAAAA